UUAGCAGUCUCAGUUGACCUUUUAAAACUUUUCAUUGGCAAUUCCAAGAAAAUGAUGGCGACUGGUAUAUUAAUUACAAUAUUUUGCUUCGUUCACUUUGCAGCUAGCAGUUGGCCAGAGCUCUCAGUUGUGCAGUAUCCUGAAGACGCCAGUGUGCUCAUUAACUCCACAACCUGGAUGCUGUGUGUCUUUGAAUACCCCAAUGAUGAGAAUGAGGAGCCAGUUGUGUACUGGAGGAAGGGCCCCAGCUGCAACAACCAGCAGAGUCUUCGGUCAAGCUCAGGCACCGACAGACCACAUAUACACAUUACAAAGGAUGUGUUCAGGGGAUACUCCAUCUUAAAACUGAGCAAUGUUGACCAAAAUGACAGCAACUUUUAUUUCUGUGAUGUGACGCUAACCCAGAAAACCCAGGGCAAAUGUGGAAAUGGCACUAAGCUGACAGUACAAGAUUUCAAAUGCAAAGACUGUACAAGAUCAGAAUCGACCUGGUGGUGGUUCCUUCUUGGAUACACCAUCUUUGUCACCACAGUUAUCAUGGCUUUCGGUAUUUACCGUUGCUGUAAAAAGUGCAAGAAUGAGUCAAGAAAUACAGAUAGCAGCGCUACCCUGAAAAGUGAAUGGAUUUAUGACAAGCCAUCCAGACCAGUUAAUAACGGGUUUAACCAAGAAUAUGAAGAUAUGUCACUAGUAAGAACUUUAGUCACAUUGAAAGGAAAAUGAUAUGAAAAAUAAACUAUACAGUUGUAACUGCAAAGAUGUAAGCAUCUGUGAUAUGUACUACUUCGAAAUACAGAAGAAAUAUACACACAAGUCACUUCAUUAGCCUGGAAUCUUCCUUGUUCAAGAUUUUUUUUAAUUUGUUCAUGUAUUUAUUUCAAACUAAUGAAAUAACGGUCUAUACAGCUACAGAUACAGUGAGCUUUACUGUACACAGCAUCAGAAUACUGUAAAAGUUAGAGAUAUUCAAACUUCUUUUUAAUGCCAACAAGUCUGACCACACAUACUGAUUUUUUUUUUUUCCAUUUCAAACAAAAAGACACAGUUGGAAUUUUGCUUUUCCUUGGGUUAAGUCAGUUUCUUUGCUUUACAAUGGCAAUGGCAAAUUCUGUAAUAUUGUAUCUGUCCACUGUAGUGACAGACUGUGAUGAAUUUGAAGAGUUUAUCAUAGAGGAAUUUCUCACAUGCUCUUUUUGAUCUUAUUUCUAACUCCUUAUACAACCCCCAUGUUUAUAAAUCCCUGAAAAUUCUUCCACACUUAGUUUUGUAGCCACCUAUGCCACUCAGAUAAUGUGCUUUGGGUACAUGCAACAGAAUGAAAAUACUGAAUGUGUUUUUAAAAGUUUUAAUUUCUGGAGAAAAAUAUAAUCACUUGUGUUGUAGGGCUUAUCUUUGUUGCCCAUGUGCAAUACCUAAGAUUAUAAGAUAAGCUAUUUGCAUAAAUGUCUUUUAAACUUGUUUGAAUUAGAAUACUUUGGAAUUCAUGUAAAUAACAAUAGAAUUAAG